GGAGUCCCCCCCGCCCCGGCCCCGGGCACAAGAUGGCGGCGGCCGUGAGGGCGCCGGCCGGAGCGCAGGGCCGGGGUGGCGGGCGGCGGGGCGGAGAGGGCCCGGCGGCGCGGCGCUGAGGAGCCCGCCCGGCCCCGCCGUCCUCUCGGCGCUUCGUGACGGGACCCCGGCAGCGGCCAUGAGCGGCGCCGCGGAGGCGCGGGAGCUGGAGGAGCGGCUGCGGGAGGCGGCGGCGCUGGGGGACGUGCGGGAGGUGCGGCGGCUGCUGGGCGCGGGGGCGGACAUCAACUCCCGCAACGAGAUCGACGGCUGGACCUGUCUGCACUGGGCCUGCAAGCGCAACCAGGCGCCCGUGGUGUCCUGCCUGCUGGAUGCCGGGGCAGAUAGGCACAUCCGCACGGCUGCGGGAGAGCUGGCGGCGCAGUUAACUUCCAAACCCGACAUCCGCAAGAUUUUGGGAGAGGAAGAAACUGAAUGUCAAGGAGCAAAGGAUUUAAAUUUGCCAAUAGUUGCGAACUACGUGGCCAACCCACCAUUCCCUUGCGUUUACACUGAAGAAACCAUUCCAGACGGCUUGGCAGAACCCCAGAACGAAAGCGCUUCCGUCUCUUCUGCUUCCCAGUGUGAAACUGGUCCUCGUUCCCCCGCAGCUCAGGUCGACAGCGCAUGCACACCCGCGUCGUGCAGCAGCGAAGAGGAUUUCCCUGCACUAGAUGCUGCAGAACCGCUGCCCGCCCCGGCAGCAACUCCGGCAGCACCACAAUGCCCCGAAGCAGCGAGCGGCCGCAUUCUGCAGCCGCCCUUCCCUCACCACGCAGCUCUGUGUCCCCCGGGAGCCCCUGCGCAGGCUGUGCCCCCGCAAACCCGGGGGUCCCCGACCCGUCCCGCACCAGCGUUCCAGCCCUUGUUCUUCACUGGAACGUUCCCCUGUAACAUGCAAGCAGAACUUGUGCUUAAGGUGAGAGUCCAGAACCUCAGAGACAACGACUUCAUUGAAAUUGAACUGGACAGACAAGAACUGACCUAUCAAGAUCUGCUCAGAGUGAGCUGCUGUGAGUUGGGCAUUAAUCCAGAACAAGUAGAGAAGAUCAGAAAAUUACCAAAUACACUAGUGAGAAAGUUGUGUCUGUUCUUUGAAAGGACAAGGAUGUUGCCAGACUUCAGGACUUCCAGGAGCUGGAGCUGGUGCUGGUGCAAAGCGGCAGCUCUCCCUUCAGAAACGCGGCGGCGGCGCUGACCGACAGGCCCUGUUACAACAGCCGCGCCUCCAAGCUGACCUACUGACUCCUGGAGUAUGAAAACCCGGUAAUUAGAUGUUGCUGCCUUUUGAAGGCAGUGAAUUGAGCGUGUGUUAAACCUUAAGUUAUUGUUAGGGUUACUAUUUUAACUAAUAGUUUAUCUUUUGUAUUUAAUAUCCCCUUUGAUUUUAUUUUUUUACUCUAUACUGUAUUCAGAUAAGGGAUACCUCAUUUGUCUACUAAAAUCAACACGCUUCCAAUGUAUUUCAAUGAAGUUUAUUGGUUGUAUUUGGCAACAGAGGGCAGGAAAGACAAUUAUUGAGAUGAAAAGGAUGUUGAGUGCUCCCGCUCUUUGACCAAAUAGAAGUAGAUAUUCAGGAAAGUGUGUGUAUCUAUUUUUUUAAAUUUCCUGAUUAAGUUAAAUGUUAUAGGGUAUUUGGCAUACAGUGAACAGUUGCUCUCUAAUAUUAAACUUGCACUUCUUAAUCUCUUGCCCUGUCUCAAAGACUUAGCAAGAUGCAUGGUCUUGUCUGCUGGGGAGAGAAGUAUUUAAUGCUCUGAAGUGACAGGAAAAAAUUUAAUUGAGCUGAAAGUAAGUGGAGUAAGAGAGUCCACAUUUAAAUGUUUGGUUCUUUCCCCUGUGAGAAUAUAGUAACUGAAGUGACACAUCCCUCCACAGGAAAACAAAGCCUCUCUUAAUUAAGAAGUAUUUAAGUCACAAAGCAAGUAAAAAUGCCCUUUACAAAGCAAGCCCUUAUGUUUCAGGAGCUGGAGAGGGGCUCACAAAUUGCAUCCAUGGUUUUAUUUAUUUAUUGUCCUAAUGAUGUGAGGAGACUGUGCAUUACCUACACCUCACAGAACAAUUACAGGGUCCAUGAUUUUCUUUUGUACCAAAAAACUACAAUGCUGACCUUUGCACCAAAAACCUUAAUUGGGUGGAGGGGUGAGGGAGCUGGGUUUUUUUCUGGACAUGAGCUGCUUCCCCCCAGCCUCAUAUUGAUUUUCCUUCCAUCUCUGCUUUAUUAAGCUGCAUUAAGAGCAGAGUUUAUGCACAGCUGAUGGAGUGUUUGUUGUUGAUUUGGAUUGUGAUGUUGACAUUCAGACCAUAAAUAGCACAAUCACCAUGUUUUGGUUGGAGCAGCGUGGCUGCGCAGCUGCUGGACCCCUGAAGUGGCUCCUGCAGGCAAGGUCAGUAAAAGCACACAUCACAAAAUGAUGGAAACCCCUUCUGCCAGCACAAGAGACACUUCACUCUGGGUUCAGGAUUUCAUCCUUUUCCCACUUGCUCUAUCUCCAUUUUAUCAAUUAAAUUCGGCUAACUCCCCAUUCUCAGUCCUGGCCCGUUUGUCUCCAGGCACUGGGCUACUUUAAAGACAGAUUCAACUCCUGUUAAGCCCAGACUAUGAUGCAAUAUGAGGUAAGAUUUCCUAACUCUGGCUUGUAGAACAGGAAAAGAGUUUUUAUUUUAACAACUGUAUAUUUAUAUUUUCAGCAUACCUUGGAGGCUAGUUCAGAUUAUGUGCAAUAACUGUUUGAAAAGGAAUAGUUAAAUGGCUCAAAAUUAAAAGUAUCUACUUUCUUUCCAUUCCUUUGUUUACUGCCUCCACUAAUUACUGAACAUGCAGCUAUAGCAGCAGCUGGUUUAAAAGAGCUCUAUUUGCUCUAGUUUCCGCAACGAAUAACUGUUAAUGUGAUGACACUAAAACUUUAAUUGUGAUCUGACUGUAAUAAUAACAGUAAGUCUAUGCAUUCAGAGAAAUAUUUUUGUACGUUUUAUGCAGUUUGGUAAACUCUGAGGCACACUAGUUCUGUUAACUGGUUUUUAGUUUAAUUCUGUUUUUUCUGUUUUCCUUUGAAAAACAAACUGUUGGUAUGACAGCUGAAACUAAGUUUACAAAACUUACUGUUCUUCCAAGGACAACUUUUGUUUGCACUAUGAACUUGUACUGAACUGACAUUGCUACUCUUCACUUAUAUUAAAGUAUCAAUUGUUUCAAGUACCAAGAUCUCUUUGUUUUUCAGGGGGCAGUGGGAUGAUACAUGGCAGUCCAGAGCAGACAGGACCCUCUUAAAAUUUUAACAGAAGUUUGGAAAAGUUUUGGUAAUGCUGUAAGUUAACUGCUUUAUAGAGAUUUAGGGCCUACAUUUUUACUGCAAAAUUUCUAUGAUUUCUCAACCAAUUGCAGCAUAAGCCGCACUUCUUAGGGACACAGAAUCCAGCUGACAUCUAACUGCUCAAAAACUAAGCCAGAAAAAAACAAAGCCAUAGACAACAAAGAAUAACUAAGCAUCCAAAUUAAUGGACUAAGCUUGAAGACAGGAGUAGAUUUAUUAGGAAAGAAACUUACUUGAUAUUAAACGUUCAAUGACAGAGACAAUCAAAUUCGUAACAGAAAUUCAAAGAUACUUUAUUUCCAUUUCUCGUAUAUCAAGAAGCUAGGAAUAGCUUAGUUGUAAAAAUGGGAUUCGUUUUAGUUCGAUUCACACAAAUACUAAACAUUUAUUCUUGUGUUUUAAAGUCCAAGAAUGAAAACUUGCAAUUAAACACUGAGCAAGCCAUGUGUUCAGGUUAUGUUGGUUUCUUAUCUUAAAAAGUC